AUAAAAAAAUAGUAGUUGUCCAAGCAGCAACAAAGCCAGAUGAAGGGAAGAAGCUGAGAGAUCUCCACUCCAGGCGGAAUUUUGCUGUAUAUUAUUAACAACUACUAUUCUGCACAAUAAUCUGUACACACACAUUUGUUUAUUACACACUCAUUUGUUUAAGCACACACAAAAGAUGGUCUAUCAUAUGUACUUAACUAGUAGUACUAAAUAAUAUACUCACUGUAAUAGCUCUGGAACCUGCCCAGAAACCCCUGCUUGUCUUUGUUCUUACAGUGUUUAAAUAUUGUGAAGGGGAUCUAGAGGGAAUCCACCCUGUUUCAUUCUUUCGAUUUCGAUAAAAGUGGGAAAAUUAGGCUAUGGAUUGUUGGUGCAUAUGAAGUAUUUGUGUUUUGUGUUUAGUUGUGAGGGUUGGUGUUUAGGUGAGGAACUGAGGUGGAGAAGUCGAUUUUGAAGCAAUGCUGAUGUGAAGUCGAAAAAACGCAAUUUAUGAGUGUUGGAAUUGGGGUAUCAGAAAUGUUUCUGAGGCAAUUGAUUUUUGGAAGAAGUAUCUGUCUGUAGGACUAAUUGAGAGGCUUGAUUUGAGAUAGGUUUUGAAUGAAGAGGAACUGAGAGUCGAAAGGAUUGCAGAGUUUUUGGUUUAGGUUGGUUUAGGCGAAAGUUUGUUUAGAAUGGUGGAACAAGACGACGAGGAGUCGAGGUCUUUGGCCUUAACACCUACAUGGUCUGUUGCUACUGUGUUGACCGUCUUUGUUGCUGUUUCAUUGCUUGUGGAACGCUCCAUUUACCGCUUAUGUAAUUGGCUCCGGAAAACCAAUCGGAAGCCUUUGCUUGCAGCUGUGGAGAAAAUGAAAGAAGAGUUGAUGCUGCUUGGGUUCAUAUCUCUUCUUCUUACAGCUACCUCGAGUAUCAUAGCCAAUAUAUGUAUCUCAUCAAAGUUCUACAACAGUGCAUUUGCUCCGUGCACCAGGUCUGCAGUUGAUGAGGACAAUGAGAAUAAUGCUUCCCAUGAACGCAAACUUUUGACAGCUUUUGGUUUUCCUCAUUUAUCGAGGAGAGUUUUGAAUACUCUUAAUGAAAAUACCUGCAAGCAGGACUAUGAGCCGUUUGUAUCAUAUGAAGGACUUGAGCAACUACACAGGUUCAUAUUUGUUAUGGCAAUUACGCAUAUAUCUUAUAGUUGCUUAACGAUGCUGCUGGCAGUUGUAAAGAUCCACAGUUGGAGGGCAUGGGAGGAUGAAGCUGUAAGAGACCGGAACAAUAUGUUACAUGAGAUUGCAAGAGAGAAGACAAUGCAAAGACAAUCAUCCCUUGUCAAAUUUCAUGCAUCGCGUCCUUUGGUCAAUAAUGGUUUUUUCGUUUGGGUGAUAUGUUUUUUCCGGCAAUUUGGGAGUUCAGUUGUCGGUGCAGAUUAUCUGACACUUCGUAAAGGUUUCAUUGCGAACCACAACCUCACAUCAAAAUAUGAUUUUCACAGCUACAUGGUUCGUUCAAUGGAAGAAGAGUUCCAGAGGAUAGUUGGUGUGAGUGCCCCGCUCUGGGGAUUUGUUGUGGCCUUUAUGCUGUUUAAUAUCAAAGGGUCUAAUCUCUAUUUCUGGAUAGCUAUAAUUCCUGUGACUCUGGUUCUACUCGUGGGCACGAAAUUACAACAUGUUAUAGCAACGUUGGCACUGGAGAGCGCUGGAAUAACUGGACUCAUCACUGGAGCAAAAUUAAAACCUCGAGAUGAACUCUUUUGGUUCAAGAAGCCUCAGCUUUUGUUGACCUUGAUCCAUUUUAUACUUUUUCAGAAUGCAUUUGAGCUGGCUUCCUUCUUCUGGUUCUGGUGGCAAUUCGGGUACAAUUCUUGCUUCAUUAAGAAUCAUAUGCUCGUGUAUCUGCGGCUAACAUUGGGAUUCGCGGGACAAUUUCUCUGCAGCUACAGCACCUUGCCGCUAUAUGCACUGGUCACUCAGAUGGGAACAAACUACAAAGCAGCUCUAAUUCCACAGAGGAUACGGGAAACAAUCCAUGGGUGGGGGAAGGCUGCUAGGAAGAGGAGAAGGCACAAGUUUUUCGCUGAUGAUUCAACUAUUCACACAGACACGAGCACAGUAUUGUCAGUCGAAGAAUAUCAGGAUCAUGUGUUUGAUAGUCCUCAUGGCGGUCCACAUUCAGGAACUGAAAUCGAGUUACAGCCCCCUACUUACAUUACAACUGGCCAAUCACCGACUGCUAAUGAAAACUCAAGUCGCGUUGGUACUCCUCUUCUCCGCCCAUCUGGUUCCAUUCCUUCCCCUCCUAUACCUAAUUCUCCGCCAGGGGUCAUAGAAAGAUCUUCUUCAAUGUCAAGCAGAAGAAUGAAGAAAGACAGUGAUGAAUACAGGUGAUGAGAGGAAAAAAGGGAAAACAAAUUGUAAAUGAUAUCGGAGUCCUAGUAUACACACAACACAGGUAGGUUAUGACUGUAUCAUUGCAGAUAAACCCCGAUUUAUUGCUGUAAUCUAUGAAUGUAAUGUACUAACACUGUUUAAUCAGAUCUCUAGUUUCUUCCUCAAA